UCUCGGUAGCACUGGAGCAUCGCGAGACGGGUACUUCAUUAGUAGCCAGCCGGCCGGCCAGCAGUAAACAGCAGGAUGGCUCCCUCUCACAGUACGCCGGCCCCAGCACCGCCCCGCUCAAUCUCUCUCCACCACGAAAAGGAUGACCUCUCUGAACUCAAGAGGAACGGCUGGUGGUCCGCUGUGAUCACGACACUGAGCUUCUGCUUCGGCCAAAUGACUCUGGCCAGACAGCUUCCCCCCGACCCACGACAAGACUCCUGGCUGGUGAUGUACUCCCCUUACCCUCCUCUCCUCGUGUCUCUGGUGUACAUCGCUGCGGUCACCUGGUGGGGGCCGGCCCUCAUGAGGACCAGGAAGCCCGUCUCGGGACUGCGGAGCGUGAUGAUGGCCUACAAUGCCUUCCAGGUCGUCUUCUCAGCCUGGCUCUUUUAUGAGGCCGGAAUGGGCGGGUGGUUCACUAAUUACUCGUACGUGUGCCAGAUGUGCGACUACUCCAACAACCCUCAAGCCAUCAGGAUGAUGCACUGCGCAUACUGGUAUCACUUCUCUAAGUAUGUGGACUUCAUCGAUACGAUCUUCUUCGUGUUGCACAAGAAAUACGUACACAUCUCCUUGUUGCACAUGACACAUCAUGGACUCAUGCCCAUCAGCACUUGGUAUGGCGUCCGCUAUCACCCAGGUGGCCACAACACCUUCUUCGGGUUCCUCAACUGCUUCGUUCACGUGGUGAUGUACUCGUACUACCUGCUGGCGGCCAUGGGGCCCCGAGUCCGUCCCUUCCUCUGGUGGAAGAAGUACCUUACCGCCCUUCAGAUGGUCCAGUUUACAAUCGUCUUCUUCCACUCCUUUCAAUUGGCGUUCGUGGAGUGUGAGGUCCCGCCGAUCCUUAUGACCUGGGUUGGCUUCGUCUCCAUCGUCUUCUUCGUUCUCUUCGCAGACUUCUACAUCAAGGCCUACAGGAAGCGUGACAAGUGCAAGAAGACAGAGUCAAACGGAUCAGAGAGCAGCCCUGUUUACGUCCAGAGUUCUGACAACAGUGACUUGGCUACCAACGUCUCCAAGAGAACAGUGAAGGGAGUGUCCGGAGACAGUUUUAUAAAGGGAUAUACUAAUGGCGUUUCCAACGGCGUGUCAAAUGGCAACCGUAGCUGCAGGUCAAAUGGUAUCCCAAGCACUUCAGCAGCUGGCCACGUCUCAAGCUCGAUGCUCAAGGAUUUGUCUUCUAGACUCGAGGGUGACAUGGAUCUCCGAAGUCGUGUGUAGGUCCGUGCGGCCACCGCAUCGCGCGGCCUUUCUUUCACCUUUUUCUUCGUCUCUAGCUUACAUCGAGCUUAUCAGAAUAUGUAAAACUACCUCUAUUUUAAAUAUAAAUCACACUGUCACGUACUGAUAAUGUGUGUAUUUAUAGAUAUACUCAGGCCAGACAUUAGUCUCCUUUCUAGCUCUGUCGACAGGUCUUUGGCUAGGCUGUGCUGCUAGUGUUGGGAAUGGAGAAUUAAAAGGUCAAGGUCCUUUAAAAAAAUGGGGGGGGGGGUGGUGUUUAGCUAUGCACUAUCUGCUCUACAUCACCAUCUCACACAAUCUUCACCAUACGCAAACACAUUCACUACCUAAUGUUUUCACUGGCCAUGCAUUGAUGGCUAUCUUGAUGCGAUCUUCGCUCUCUGAUCUGAGUCUGUGAGCCAACAGUAUUAAGGCUCCUCACCCAGGUGAUGUUUUGGAGAAGGUCCCACUCCAUGUGAUCUUGACUAUUGCCGCUGACAUUAAUUUUGACUCUCUAAAACGUCAAGCUUCCGGGAGGUCGAAUCUAGCCUCCGAGGUCUAGGUUUCGAGGACCUGGAGGCAACACCAUUAAUAAUGUCCUUCAACCUCUUGAAACCUCACUAUCAUUAUGGCAAGUUGUAGAGUGUGGUGGUGCACGGGGAACACUGUACACCUGGGCCAGGAGUCGACAACCAUUGAUGCUAGAACUUACGACCCUGUACAUCUUUUCUCAAUCUUUAUGGCGCCUUCGUAUGCCGCCAUAAAUAAUAGUUUUCGAGCAUGGAAACUUGCCAAUCAAAUGUUCUUAUUGUUAUAAGAACCCUCCAGGUGCUACGCAGCUCAUAAACUGUUGAAUAAUUGUAAACAAAGCCGCCAGUGAUUGAGAACGGAUGUACAGGUUUCGUUAGCGAUUGUGUAUAUACUUGAUGACUCCGGCCCCGGGUCUCCUGAAGGGGUGGUUCGCUCUAGUGGAUGAUUACUGGAGAGUGGUGAUGCCUCUUGGCGUGGACAGUGUCCUGAAUGUACUAGUGAUAUUUUUUUAAAUUGCUUUUUAAUGAAAACCUACAUUUCUCUUCUGUUACAUUACACGGUUUUUAUUCUCCGGGUAGACGAUUCCACACCUUGUUAGUGGGGGUAACGAGGUUCUUGCCUGCAUAGGUAGGGAGAGGGAAGGGUGUGUGUACUCGCCUAUUUGUGCUUGCGGGGGUUGAGCUUUGGCUCUUUGGUCCCGCCUCUCAACUGUCAAUGCGUGUGUGUGUAUGUACGUACGUGUAGCCGAGUACUUGCAUCCUUCAGAUUCAUGCUUUACAAUGUUUUGCUACAAUUUCCAAACUGUUACAAGAGGAGUUCACAUAUGCAAAUGGUUUCAUGUGUGCUUUUUAAUUCAAUAUUUUCAAAUAUGCGGGUCUGUUUGAAACAAACUAUAAUUUUGUCUCACAUUUGUAUGUAAACUUUAUUUUCUGGGGUGAAGCAAUAUACACCUGGAAGCGUCGUCCACAUACAAAAGGACGUGUAUUCUACAUACAGUAUAUCGAAUAAUUUCCUUUUGUCAUAUAAAAUUCAUUCAUAAAUUAAAAGUAUAUAUUUACUCGGUUCUCACCAGACUAAGGAAGUGUUCAUUUGUAUUCAUAUCUAGUGGUGGUGAGGUUCAGGUCAUCUGAGAUGAACUGAACCGAACCUUUGAGGUUUAGCCGAGGUUUUAAUGGCUGAGAUGCAACAUAAAAACCUUUACCCAUCCUCCAAAAUUGAUAAUACUUGUAACAAUUAUGGCCAGAAUGCUUUGCAUCUUAGAACCUGUAUUUACCAUGCGACCUCUGUACCGUCAAAUAAAAUAAAUUUUUAACUAGUCGAAAAUGAACAUUUACGCUUUUGGGGUAAAAAUGUAAUUUCAUACCAUUUUAGUACUCCAAAUGUCUUGCGGAAAAUUGGAAGUAUACAAUCUAAUCUAACCUGUUUUAAGUAAUCUUAGGCCUAAUAUGCCAUCUUAGGCAUUAUUUAACGAACGUGCUGUAAUAAGCCUAAGAAAGUUUGGUAGCUGCCUUUUCUCCCCCCCCCCCCUGUCCCCCCCCUGUCCAACCACUUGGGCUGGACG